UGCGUGCGCGGGGCGGUGUCCGGAGAGACCACGCCUCUUCCGGCCCGCAGCAGUUCUACCGCGUGAAGCUGUAGCUGUUUUUAACUCCGGGGAUUGUCGGCUGGCGAGGCGAGAUGGCAGCGGAGGUGUUUCCGAGUGCGAGGUGGCAGUAUUGUGGGGAGCCCGACGACAGCCAAAGCGCUCUGCUGGUCCAGUUCUCCAAUGGGAGGCUACAGAAUCCAGGCAACAUGCGCUUUACCUUGUACAAGAACAACGACUCCACAAACCCGAGGAAGAGGAGUCAGCGGAUCCUGGCAGCUGAAACAGACAGACUUUCCUACGUGGGAAACAAUUUUGGGACUGGAGCCCUCAAAUGCAAUACUCUGUGCAGGCACUUUGUGGGAAUUUUGAACAAGACCUCUGGCCAGAUGGAAGUAUAUGAUGCUGAACUGUUCAACAUGCAGCCACUGUUUUCAGAUGAAUCAGUUGAGAGUGAAUCAACACCGGAGAGUCAAGCCAAAUCUUUCAGAGAAAAGAUGGAUUCUUGCAUUGAAGCCUUCGGUACCACCAAACAGAAGCGAGCUCUGAACUCCAGGAGAAUGAACAAAGUUGGCAGUGAAUCUUUGAAUCGUGCAGUGGCUAAAGCUGCAGAGAAUAUAAUUGAUACAAAGGGUGUGACUGCCCUGGUCAGUGACGCCAUCCACGAUGACUUGCAGGAUGACUCUGUCUGUCUCCCUCCCUGCCACGCCGAUGCAGCCAAGCCUGAAGAUGUGUAUAAGUUUGAAGACCUUCUUUCCCCUGUGGAGUAUGAUGCUCUUCAGAGCCCAUCUGAAGCAUUCAGGAAUGUCACCUCAGAAGAAAUACUGAAGAUGAUUGAAGAGAACAGUCACUGCUCCUUUGUCAUAGAAGCCUUGAAGUCUUUGCCAUCAAAUGAGGAGAGCCGAGACCGCCAGGCACGGUGCAUAUGGUACCUGGACGCCCUCAUCAGAUUUCGAGCACAGAAAGUGAUUAAGCGGAAAAGUGCCCUGGGACCCGGAGUCCCCCACAUCAUCAACACCAAACUACUAAAGCAGUUCACCUGCCUGACCUACAACAACGGCAGUUUGCGGAACUUAAUUUCAGACUCUAUGAAGGCAAAGAUCACCGCCUAUGUGAUCAUACUGGCCUUGCACAUAAAUGGCUUCCAGAUUGACCUGACAAUGUUACAGAGGGACUUGAAGCUCAGUGAGAAAAGGAUGAUGGAGAUAGCGAAAGCCAUGAGGCUGAAGAUCUCCAAAAGAAAGGUUUCUCUGGCAGCGGGUGGGGAGGAGGAGCACAGACUGGGUACUCUGUCCAUCCCGCUGCCUCCAGCCCUGUCCUUGGACCGUCAGUCAAAGCGAAGGAAAAUGACCUAGAGGUGUGCGUUCCCAGACACAACAUUUUGGCCACUCCUUCUGUUCAUUUGCAUUUUUAUUUUUAAAGAAAGAGGGUUAAAGAAGAAGCCUUGCUUUGGCAUGAGCAUGAAGCCAGAUGCCAGCACCUCAGUUGUGCUGGUCUGAAGCAGAAACAUAAAGCAAGGCCCUGUUGGACUCUC